AUGUUACAAGCUUUUCAAAAUAAACGUAUAUUGAAAAAUAUCCUUUCUAAUUUAAUGGAUAAAGAUAUCAUGAAUUUAAACUAUGUAUCUAAGGGUAUAAAUAUGGCUAUAAGAGGAUUAAAACAUUAUGAAAAAAUACCUUCUGAAUCACUUUAUAUAACUUUACAUAUUCAACAAAAUUCUUAUACAUAUAAAUCUGUUCCUGAAAAAUUUGAUCCAACACAAGUUUCUAAGAUAACAUUUAAUUUUCUUUUACUUGGAUUACCAUUUCAAUAUGAAAAUUUUAUUGAUGAAUAUUAUAUAAUACUCAAAAAAAUUUGUACGGAUAUUAACAUGUUAUUUUUACAGAAUCAUAAUAAUUUACAUAUUAAAAUACAAUCAUACUAUCAUUUUUUUGAAAAAUUUAUUAUCUCUUUUAUUGGUUCUAUUAUUUGCAAUAAUAAUGUUAAAUUAGAUAUUGAUAUCAAACCAUAUAAUGGAGAUUUUAAUUUUAUAUAUCCAUAUUUUAUAUAUCCAAAAUAUAAUAUGUUUGAAGGAUUUAAAAAUAUUAAUAGUAUUACAAUUAGAAGCAAUUUUGAUAAAGGAAUAGAUGUUUAUAAAUAUUUUUUUCAAUGUCUUCCUAAUAAUAAUUCUUUUAAAAUAAAUAUAAAUUUUAUUGAAUAUUUAAAUGAAAAACAAUGGGAAAAUGUUAAAUGUAUAAUAAAUUCACGAAAAUGGGUUAAAAUUAAGAUUGGUAUAAAUUGUUGGGGUGAAGAUGGUUCAUUUUGGCAUUAUAUUCCAAAUGCUAUAACUACUGAUUUUUUAAAAAAUAUUUAUCGAUUUGAGGUUAAUGGAGAUUCAUUCAAUAUAUUAAGAAAAUUUAAAUCACUUUUUAUAAAAAUGGUAAAUCUUAAAACAUUGGUUUGUAAUUUUCAUGUGUAUGAAUAUGUUAUUAAAUCAUUUAAUCAAUUGUCAAAGAAUAAUUUUGAAAAAAUGAAUGUUUAUGAAGAGAUAAAGAAUCUUAAAAAUUUAACAAGUGUUAAUUUUAUUUUUAAUUAUAUAUAUGAUUUUAAUCAAAAUAAUGAAGAAAAUUUAAUGGCUAUUGAUUAUACAUUUAAUAAACUAUUAGAAUCUUUACCUUCUUCAAUUACCAAAUUAAGUGUAACUGGAAUAAGAAGUAUAAAUGUAAACUUAGCAGAGAAGAUGAAUAAAUUACUACCAAAUUUAAUUUAUUUGAAUAUUUCAAAAGUUAAUCAUUUGGAUGAAAAUUUUCUUAUGAAAAUGCCUAAUAUUAGGUUUAUUGUUUCACAUGCAUGUCAACCAGUGAAAAUUCCAACAACAAUUUCUGUUUGUGGAACUUUUUGUUGUAUUAAUCCAGAACCAAUUGAAUGUGUCAAAUUUUUUAAAACUUAUUGGAAGUAUUGUUACUGUAAACAAUAUCAUAAGGCUUGGAAAAAAUCUAUAAGACAAUCAAAAAGAUAUCGAAAGUUACUUAAAUAUUCUACUGACUAUAAUAUGAAUAUUUUCUAUAAUGAGAUAAAAGAUGGUUGGAAUGUUUUAAAAGUAUUUGAUGAAGAGUAUUUCAACAAUAUGUAUAAAGAUAUAUAUUACCGAACAAAUAUAGCAUAA